GGUUUUUCCACUUUAUGGUUUAUAAGCAUUUAAGAAAGGCUUCACAAAAAUAAACAGGGAAAUAAAAAUCGUAGUUAGUUGCUGAACUGAAAAGCUGCUGUUGAUGUUUCUUGAUUAAACAUAUUUUAUGAUUAUGACUACAGACAAAUCUUACAUAACAAUCUCAAAAAGUAUGCCGACCACCACUCUCCUACUCUUGAUUCUGCUCGAUAACGUUUCUACUCAAACUAUUCCUGCACAUACCACAGUCAUAUCCAAUACAACCAUGAUGGAAGCAAUACCAAAUACAACUGCAGGUGAAACCACAAAUGCAGUAAUUACAAGCACAACUCCAGACAUACUACCCACAUCUACAGCAGAAGGUGAAACCACAACGUCAGCAACUACAAGCACAGUUCCAUAUACAACACGCAUAACUGCAGCAGAAGGUGAAACCACAACGUCAGCAACUACAAGCACAGUUCCAUAUACAACACGCAUAACUGCAGCAGAAGGUGAAACCACAACGUCAGCAACUACAAGCACAGUUCCAUAUACAACAAGCAUAACUGCAGCACAAACCACAGCUGCAUUUAAUGCAAGUACAUUACCAGCAACAACAAAACCAGUUACAGGUACCACAAUAGCAUCUACAAGUUCAGUCAUGAUGCCAAAUAUAACCACAGCUAGAGAACUGUCUAUUACAAACUCCUUUGUUACAUCUGCUAACAUCACAAAUGCAUCCAGUAACAGCAUAAUGUCAGCUACAACCAGCAAAGCAGCAGGUGAAAACAGAGUAAUCCUGAGAAUAAUCUUGGUCACCAGCAUUUCAGAUAUUGAGACAACAGAUUUCAAAAACCUCACAUUAACUCAACUUCAAGCUAUCAUCCAGCCUAAAUUCAGUGAUGCAUCUCUCACUUGGAAAAGCUCAAGACCAAGCUGAUGUCACACAUUUUGUGAAGCAGUUUUUAAUAAAGGAAUACACUGUAAAGCAUUUCACGAAGGUGUUUAUACUUAAAACAUGUACAAAUACACAAAGUGGCUAAGGGCAUAUUGUAUGUUCUUUUGUUCUAUUUAGAAAUUUGGAUACUUUUCAGUUAAUGGGGCAGCAGUCGCUGCCAAACAGAAAUGUUGCGAUGAAAUGUAGACGUAAAACUUCCUGCCAAUUUUAUCGUAAUAAAAUGUUCACAAUAGCACAUGAUGUUCCUAUUUUUCAAAGCCAUUUGUCCCCAUUUCCACUUCAGUUUUUCAGCACAUUUCGUAUUUUUCUAAGCCCUCUGCCCUCAUUUUCAGUGUGUGCAGGCUGACAGAAAUGUCUGACAGCAUUACAAAUCUGAACACACUGACCUUACAAUUCAGGUGGGAAAGACGAUCACUUCCUUGUCUUUUCAGAAAAUAAUGUGUAUGCUUUACACUGUUUUUAUGAAGUAACAGGGAAUGUUUCUAAAAAUGUGUGUAUAACCGGCACUGACUUGGGAGGAAAUCCGAAACACUCUGAGAAGAAAGGGAAAAUUCAAAGCAGUGUACAAGAACAAAAUAAGCAGCAGUGACUUGCGAGGCCAAAUCAGUAGUAGUCUGACAACAAAGGCAAAAUUAACAGCAGACCACAACAGUAAAAUAAGCAGUAACGACAUGUGAGACAAUAAUACUGUCAGAAUAAAGAUAAAAUUAAAAGAAAAAAAUAAGCAGCGAGUGACUUGACAUGAAGCACACAUUUUCACUGCUGCCCUGUUAAUGGAAAAGUACCGAAAUUUAAUUAUUCUUUUCUCAAAAGAUAAACUAACUAGCCCAAAGACAUAUAUAUUAUAAAUGGAAUAAAUACCUUUUACAGUAAUAUUUCAGAAGGGGAAAAA